UGUUCUUGAAGAGCGCUAUAAGUUGCAACUAGGUUCAGAAGAUAUACUUCGGUUGGACUUUAUAUGCAUUGAAGUGUAUACAUCUGUGUACUCAUCCCGGAAGAUUUGCACUUUUUCCUCUGCUUUACCAUUACUGGUAACAAGAAAACUGCGCAUGAUCGGAAUGUUUAGUUUCAAGGGUUUGCUAUUGUACAGAACGUGAUUGAUACUACCAUUAAGCCUAUAUCUGAUAAAAAAGUAAAUCCUCUGAGUUAUCAUUCGAAUGUUCUUCUGUCAUCUUUAAUAAUUAUUGGAUAUGAAUUAAUUAGAUGCUCAGCUCAGGAAUCACUUAAAUACCUCGAAUGUCAUUUAAAUUCAUCCAUCUACAUAGUUCAGAAAUAGUUAUGAAACAAAAAACAUCAACAAAUUCCACGUGCGUUGGCGAACUUGGAUAUUGCAUCGAAUCACGUCUAGCUCAAAUUAUCGGACAACGUGCGCUAGCCCAGAGAAAAAAAACUCAUCCAUUCGCAUCGCAUUCAAAAACAAAAAUACCGUCGAUCUCUUCCGGAUUUCAGCGACGUAGACAACAAAGUCCCAGUCGCAUAUAUAGUAUCAAUCCACGCCCGUAUUAUGAGCCAUUUGUUGAUCAUCCCCCUAACAAGUAGACUCGCAAUGUCCAUUUCGUUAAGCUCGUUGGUGGUGGUGGUCCUAAUUGUGGGACCAUACCUGUGCUUCGCAAGCAACGACCUAUGCGUUGAGAACAAGUUUCUUCCGAGCUGUAUCAGUCCGUGCUUGGUGGCCACUUACGAAGAAAUCAUAGACUUGCCCAAUCAUCCCGAAAAGCUGCUGAUCGAUGUCCGUAAACCGGAGGAGAUAAGUUGCACCGGAUCCAUACCGACAAGCAUCAAUAUUCCUCUGGCCUUCGUUGGACAAGCGUUGCUCCUUAGUGCGGAAGAAUUCCAGUGCAAAUACGGAAGGCCGAAGCCCUGCUACAGCGAUCCCAUCAUCUUCACGUGUCGAGAGGGUAACCGAGCAGGAGAGGCCGCCAACGUUGCCUUCAAGAUGGGAUAUACUAAUGUCAAAAACUACGUAGGAUCAUGGGCGGAAUAUGGAGCGAAGCAUGGUUUACCUAUCGUCUGUCCUUGCUGAUUCAGGAUUCAGAACCAAAUUUCUCAGGGAAUGCUCACAGUCAAUGCCUUUACUCCACAGAGAAAUAAAUUAAAAGAGCAAAUCUUAAACUCUGCGCCGUAUUA